CAAUUUCCAUUAACACGGUUAGAUAUCAUUGCUGUGCUCGCUCGUACUUAAAUUAAAAUUAGUUUAGUUCACCGCUGAACGCGAUUCACUACGGAGCGUUGAAUAAGUCGGAUCAUUCUGUUUUUUUUUUAUAAUUUUUCUAUUUUUUUACUGCGCGCAAGGAACUGAUUAAAAGUGAAACUUUUUUCUGUGAUAUUGUGAAAUUUCUGUUUGUGACUAUUAGUGAUAACUUCAAAGUCUGCAGAUCACGUCGUACCUUAACUAAGAAGAAAAAAGCUAAAUAGAUAUACGAUAGACUAACCAAAAAGAAAACACAGUGAUUUUUAACAUUAUCCACGCCAGAAGCUUAAUGUUGGACUAAUUCUCAAUCUAUCGAUAUUACACUGACGAACAUUAAUUUACCUUACAAACUAAAAAGAUGCAUAUAGAAGUACAAGUAGCACUUAACUUCGUAAUUUCGUACCUGUACAAUAAACUUCCCAGGAGGCGAGUUAAUAUUUUCGGAGAGGAGUUGGAGAAAGCAUUAAAAGAGAAAUUCCAGGGUCACUGGUAUCCAGAGAAACCCUUCAAAGGCUCAGCAUUCAGAUGUUUAAAGACUGGUGACCCAAUCGAUAAGGUUCUUGAGAGGGCUGCCCGAGAGAGCGGAGUGCCAAUUCAGGAUAUCCUCGAGAAUCUUCCACAAGAACUGGCAGUGUGGGUGGAUCCUGGUGAAGUGAGCUACAGGAUUGGAGAAAAGGGGGCUGUGAAAAUUUUAUUUAGUGAGAAACUCGAUCCUCAAGACGAUCAUUCUGCUGAUAGGGAGGUAACGAAAACCUUCAACCCGGAAGCUCAGUGCUUUAGGCCGAUCGACUCAGUGAGUUGCAGCCUGAACAAUCUUAGUUUGUCGCCCAGCAAAUCGCUGACGCCCUUCAAUGGCGGUCAGAAUGCCAACGUUAAUGCUGCUCAAGGGCCACAGAUACAGGGUCAAGCAGCACCACCAAAUGGCAAUCAGGUGGUACCGAAUAACCCCCACCUAGCCUCGAAUUCUACAGCGCCGUCCCCCACCUCCAUGGGUAAUUCUUACAAAGGAUCACCCUCGCCAGUACCGGCUUUCAUACCACGAACCACCACACCCUUAACUUUCACCACGGCCACGUUUGCUCAGACGAAGUUUGGAAGUACCAAGUUGAAAACCAGUAGCAAGAGGGCAAAUAGAAUGUCGCCCACAGAAUUCUCCAACUACAUAAAGCAGCGCGCCAUGCAACAACAGAUGCACCAACAGCCCCCCCACCACUCUCCCGGCAGCCGAGCCCUAUCCCCCGACCCUUCGGCAUACUAUUUCCCACCGCAAGGUCACUAUCCUCACCAAUUCCCUCCCCGUUCAAUGUUCGAGUCUUCCAACCAAUUCCUCAGCCCCGACCUGUACCUUGGAAAAAACAACCUGAACUUCCCGUUCGACAACACGCCUUUCAAUCCCUUUUUUCCCAACAACGGGGGGAUGAACAUGCCCCCCAACGCAUCCAAUCCUACGCAGAAUAAAGACAUGAUAGAUAACUGGACCUACAGUCCAACUGGACAGUAUCAGCAUCUUUUGGUCGCCAAUUGAGAUUCAUAGGCGGGGGAGGGUUUUAGACAAGUCAGGGGUAGAACAUCGGCCACCCCUAGCGAUUCUAUUGUCUCUUUCUUAAGUGGUAGGCUGCGGGAGGUCGCUGAGGAAAGGACUCUUUCAUAACGUUAGAGUGUUCGAAGGUACAUCACCAAAUUGUGUUGGUAAAUAAUAUAGUGAAGGUUGCUUCUCUAGAGUACAACAAUUUUUACUUUCUGUUUUUAUUUCUUUUUCAUUAUUAGAUAAUACUUGUCCCUUAAUUUUUAAUAUUUAUUUUGGGUCUCUUAAAUGUGAUUUACGGGAAACAAUCUGCUGCCAUUUAAAGUGCGGUCCUGUCGCAUCAUAGGUAACGCGGGCGCAGCUUUAUGGCGCACCAUCACCGACGAUUAAUGUGAAGCGAAAGGACAGGACCGUAGUAAGAAUUUCUUUUUGUACAUUUUUUUCAUGUUAAUUUGUUAAGACUUAAUGUAGUGCAAUAAUGAAGUCGUUUUGAAACGUCGAUAUAAAUUCCCAGUUUUAUUUUCUUGGUCCCAUCAGACAAAUCCUUAAAAUCUGUUUUCGGGUGGUCCAUGUGGAUAUCAGCGCCCCUUGGGAUCACGUAAAGUGAGAAAAAGCCUAAGAAAUCUAAUCCACGCAUCUCUCCUUUCAAUUUAGCAUAUUGAGUAUGUCAAUAUAUAUGAGUUAAUUUAUCUCGAUGGGGAUAUCUGCAUUAUAUAAAAUUACGCCAUAUUAUGCGUUUUUUAUAUAUAAUUAAACCAUCUUUUUUAAAUAAUUUUUCAAAAAAACAUGUUUUUAUGUGCAAGUUUAUAUAGAUAUCCGGCCCCUUGAAGAAAGAGAGAGAGGGAGAUCUAAUUAUUCUUGUGUGGAAAGAAUUACGUGAUGAUGGUUUUCCAAAAACGCAACGUCAUAGUGAUGUAAAAUUAUCGGUAAUAUUACGUAAUGUUACGUUAACAUUGGUAAUUUAUAAAAAAAAAAAACUUUUUAAGUAAUACAACUUUUUUAAUUUUAAAACUGUGAAAACAUUACAAAAGAUAACAAGAACUUUUUUAAACUAGUCAGUGUCAGAGAGGACUACAAAAUAUAGUAAAUAAUGGUAUAUUAUCCUCAUUAUCAACUUCAAUAACCUACUUGUCUAUAACUUCGAAAUCGUUGUCUACUUUUUCUAUUUCUUCCUCAGUAGCUUUUACUAUUGUUGAAUGAUUUUCUUCAUUUAGUAAAUUUUAAUUAUAGGCAAUAUAAGUUAAUUUUCCAGCCGUUUUCACCGUAAGUCUCCUUCUUCUUUGCAAAUGAAUAAAUCCAUAAGUACUAAACAGGCCCAGGCAUAGAUUUUUCACUGGAAAUGACGAAUUCUAUACUAAGAUCUACUUGUAAAUAAUACUUUUGACUCCUUACAGUUUCAUAGAUGAACUUCAUUGCAAUUAAAUUUUUAGCUUCAAUUAAAUUCUAGUUGGGUUGAUUUGGUUCUAAUAGGUAAGCAGCAAGAUGAACAGAUAAAUUUGAUACUUUGUCAGGUACUAUUACCUUAUUUUAAAAAAGCAGCCCACUUUUGAGAUUGUUAGCCUCAAAAAAUGUUAUCUACUUAGAGAUUGACUAAAACAAGUGAUAACUUGCGCCCAUUUGUAACCAAAAUUCGUUUUCAAGAAGAAGUUAUACUGUAUUUGAUGAAAGAGCAUCAGAAAUAUCUGGGAUAUCAUUUACUGCUAAACUUUUCAAUUAAUGUUUAGUGUCCAUUUUGUUCAACUGGAUUUUUUCAAACCCUGCAUGUAAAAUCUGCAAAUUUUUCUACUCAGAUAUAAUUAAAAUUAUGCUCCUUUUAAAAUUGGAAAAACGGUCUAAUUUCAAGAACUCUUUGACGGUUUUCGAAAGGUUUAGACCGCAGCAAAUACAACCAUAAUUAGUAAUAUAAUCGUAUUUGCUGUUAUUAUAACUAUUUCACGAGCCUUUUUAUGUUAGCUCCGUUGUCAGCGACAAUAGGUAUAGAAAACUUGACUUUUCAAUUUCUGAUGCCAAAAAUGUUGCUAAAUGUCUGUUAUCUUCGGCCUGUAUUGAUUUAGGUGCAUUAAUAACAAAAUUAGCUAUUAAGUCAUUUCUGCAAAUUGACCAUCCAUCCAUUUGUAAGCUUAAGAUAGAUGCUUGACUUAUUUUUGAAGAAACUGCAAUUUUUUACUCUAGUACACUAGAGGAUAUGACAACUGGUAACCAUACUUUUUUCGUUGUCAUAUCUAGGGGGGGCUUCUGAGACAUAUGUAAGUAGCCCUUGCGAGUAAUUCAUCAAUCUUGUUUCCUUGAGAGCAUAUAUUAUCAAAAUACGAAGAAAUUGUACUUCGUGAUGCCUUAGAAGUAUUUGAAAAUAAAGAACUAGCUGACAAAGGCACAGGCCCUACUAAUGAAGUAAUUUCUGAGUCUAUAAAUUCUCCCUGCUCCUGUUGAUGGUAGUUUCAAUACCAGUAGUAUCACUAGCUUCUAGUACCUCAUUUGAACUUGGCGUGGUGGUAUUGUUACUACCGGAAACAUUUCCUACAGGCAAUUUUCCUUUUUUAUGAAUUUGUAGUAAAUUUUCAGGUUUUUCUACACAUUUUAGCAAAUGUUGGAAUUUGCUGAUCGCAACUACAAAAUAAACAUUUCGGGAAGAGGUCAACUGAAAAAUAUUUAGACCCACCAGUUCAAAUAUCACGUAACAAGGCAAAACAAAUACAGUUAUUUCUAUUAAUAGCACUGUUAGUUACAAACCCUUUAUCACAAAAAUGUCGCUAAUUAUAAUGAAUAUCGCUGGCUAAACUUGCUCUAAACUACAGAAUUGUUACAACUCAGAUUUCGGGUAUUCCCUGGGCUGGGAUUCUAAAAUCACGACUCGACCUCGAUACGAUCACGACUUCGAAUUCGAUUGUGACAAGGGUGAUUCUAAAUUUCAAUCGUCGGCUAAACUCGUUUUAUUCGAUUUGAUUUAGGUUUCUUGGUAUAUAUUUGUUAUUUUCCCUAAUAUUUGACAGAUGGACAUCAAUUGUCUUUUCUAUUCUAUUCUAUUAAAAAAAAUCGUUAAAAAUCACCACUACCCAUUGGAAAAUAAUAACUGAAUUCAUGGAAAAUCACAAAAACUUGUUGUGUUUAACCACUUUCGGUUUUAAUAUGGUAACAUGGGUGCAAUCAAUAGGACCUAUAGCACCAGGGAAAUUGGAUCUCUCCAUAAAUGUUAAUUUAUUAAUUUGUCUCUCAUCUCUUAUAAUUGGAAAAUUAAUGAAUGGGAAGGCAAGGUGAUUGUCAAUAAUUUCGGUAAUUUUAUAGGUCCCACGACAGUAGUUUCGCUAAUUCCAAAUUUAAAAUCUUGUCCAAUGCUUCUUUGGUGACAAUCUGUGGCAUAAAAUCUUGACAUACUAAAACUGCCUAUUCAAUGGUAACCCUACUUCCUAUGCCUCUAUUAUUAACAGAAGAUUGUGGAAAAUAGGGUCGAAUUAGAUCUAUUAGUUGUGUUUAAGAAAGCUUUUUGAUCUGUACCAUCCGUGAAUAAAUGGAUAAGUCAAAAUUAUAAAGAUUUCAGUAUGACCAUUUUAUACAUUUUGAUAUUUUUAAAGAGUAAAAAUCUGAAUGGAAACUUAGUUUUUUUUUUUAUUAAGUUGAUAAUUAUGCAACACAUGACGUAAAUAAUCAUAAGCUGUAAAAGUGUAAUAAUUUUUGAGAAAAAUAUAACUUACCUAUUUAUUCACCCUAAAUUUGUGUGUUCUUGUUGAGUUACCGACUUAUUCCACUUAGUACAAAAAUAUACUGGACAAAACAAAAAACAUUUUUUUUUUAUUUAUUUCUUUACAAAAACCAAGUGAACAAAAUAAAUUUUUAACUGCAAAAAAAAAACAAAAAAUUAUUAAUCGUCUGGAUCAAUCUCUGUUAAAUCCGGAUCUAAGUCUUGCAUAUCCGUAGUGGGCAAGUUCCGGUAAAACCUAUGAAAAACUUCAUCUAUGAGCGGCAAAAGAUCAAGUAGGUCUUUCUUUUUUUCUUUACUAAUUGGCAAAGGCUUGUAUGCAAUUUGGGGCAAUGUGCUGGGUAUAAUGUGUUUCCCUCUCCUUCUGAAAUUUACAGCUUUAAAAGAAUUUGAAACAUCUAAACUAUGUUUAUAUUUCCUAUUUCAUUGGUAUACUGGAACCACUGCACUGGCUGCCACAAGAAUUGCCUAAUGCCCCUUUUCCUAGACUGCUAAAAUCUAAGAAGUCUUCUUGUUUCAUUACCACUACUUUGAAUGGUUUUUUCCUUCUGCAGGAUCUUAUCAUCUGAUACCAGUCAUUAGGGUAAUUGAUUUUAAUUUUUGUUUUCUUUUUUUCUUUCUCUAUAAGAGCAUGAUUACACUCCAUAUGAGUGAGACCACUAACUAAAAACUUGUGAUCAAUUAUUUUAAUAUUAGGGCAUUUUGUAAGAGCAAAAAAGGAGAACAUGAAAGCGACUUGCUGGUUUUUAUUUUGGCCUCCGCAAGUAUCCGAGUAGAAAGUUACCUCUUCCACAUCAUGGAGUUCCAACAAAACGCGAUAAAUACAAGAAGCUAUCUGAUUGCCACCUCUUCCAGCAGUUGAUUCGUCCCACAUGAAGCAUGUAACUUCAUUAGAUGUUAAUUCGUGAACGGUAAGGUUAAAUGACGCUUAUAAAAGACAGUGUUUGAUAUUAAAAAUGGUGUUGGAAGACACUGUUGAAGAUCAAAAGUGUAUGCCCUUUUUUUGGAAUCUGAAGCCGCUAUCUUUCACCUUGUAGACAUCCUCUGCGAGUUGAUGGUGUUUAUCCCUCUCUUGUGUUAGAUUCUCUUUCUCUUCCCCCUCAACGACUUUUAAUUUUGUUUCGAAAAUAUCGCAUUUAACACAAGUAUCCUGUUUAGGUUUUUUAAAUGCAGGGUUCAAACUGUAGAAGCAGUUCUUGUACAACGUUAAUGAGACAGGUUUGUCCACUAGUUCUUUGUACAUGUCAUACAUUUUAGCUAUAGAUAAGUCACUAGACAAGUAAUUUUUAGAUGUUCUAUUUCUACAGUAGUGGCUUUCAUAUUUGGGAAACGACAAAAUGUGAUCUUUGGCUUUUUGAGUUUCUUCCAUCGAGCGUCUAUUACCUGAAGGAGCAAUUCCACGUCUAUCGGGAAGAAUAAUUCCAGAAAAUGAAAUUUUUUUCUUUUCAUCCACUAUUUCAACAAGUCCCUUAGUUUCACCGAAAGUGCAACAAAGCACGAUUUACAAAUUGGCUUUUGUAUCCCACCAAUAAGGAUACUAUAUUGAUAUGAAUAUUCUCUGCAUUUUUUCUUGGUCCUAGUUUUGCUGUUUUCUUUUGAUUUAAGUUAAUUAGAGAAGCUAUGUAGUUGGCGCUUUUAUCACGACUUCCCAAGUUCUCAUCUAGCCCGGUCCUCAUCUGAAAACCUUUCUCUACAUUUCAUGCGACAUGCUUUUAAAGGCUUCAUAUUUCUAGACUGGAUCACUUUUCCUUUUUCAGUAGUAUAACUUUUACCAGCAUUUCUUAACUCUUUACUUUCUUGUCUCUGCUUUCGUGACCUUCUUUAUUUCUUCUUUUCUUCCGUACUAUUAAUUGGCUCGCUUUCCAUCAAAACAUCGUCCCUGUGUCUUUCAUUUGAUCUAUAUGAAUCUGUUUUUGUCGCUACAAUUUUAGUUUUAUCCGGGGUGUGGUCUGAGUUUGAAUCUUUAUUGCUACUUUUUUCUUUCCUUUUUUUCUUCCGUUGGGUCUCUAAAAAAAAGUAACUUUAAAUAAUAAUAAUUUUAAGUAUUACGGAUCUUCACCUUCAACAUCGCUUUCAUCGGUAAAUGAUUCAAUGCGUUCAAAAAAAUCCGGAUCAGCGAUAAAAUAGAAAUCAAUCUGGUUAAGGUGGUCGUUAUCGUCAGUCAAAUAAUUAAAACUACUUGUGGACGGAGCGGGAUUAGCGUCAGAACACUUUACUUCUACAGAAUAUGUCUCAAAAGACUUGCUAUCCUCAGCGCAAAUAAAAUAUGUCUUAUUUCGUAUUUCUGAAAAUAAAAUGAAAAACUGCAAGACGAAACGAAGGUAAUUAACAUUGUUUUAUACUCUAACGUGACGUGUUUAAACCAACUUGUUAAAACCACUCAGUUUUUUUGCUCUAUGAGUACUUGUGUGCACCAUAAUAAGACCAUUGCGAAUCUAAACCAAAGUAUUCAGAAUUUAACAAAUACUCACCACUUGUAAAGAAAUAAAAAAAAUACGUUUACUUACUAAAGAAGGUUUAAAGUUCAAAUUUAAAGGUAUUUUCAACUACAGCUUAAAUAUCAAUAAAUUUAGAGGUAGAAAAUAGAUUUAAAUCACUUUAAUAUUAUGUUAUAGACCUAACAAAACAACGGUCAGAGAAUGCGACAGAAACGACUUUUGCCUGCUGCAAGCCUGAGUAAAGGAACUUACUAUACUAAUAUUAAUUUUUUCUCGGCAAAUACAGAAGAAAUUACAAAGAACACUUACCUGGUUCAAAAAGAUCCGUAGGAAUACUUUCUGUUAUCACAAUGCUAUUUUGAUUGCUUAUUUUUUCAUGUAUUACACUUAUUGGUCUUUCACUAACAUUUACGUUUCUAUCCAGUUCGGACACACUAUUGUCUUAUACAAAAACCUUCCAAAGCAUUUUUCAUAAUUCGUUUAACUCGCUCGGACAUUUUUUUACUAGUAAGACACCUAAUAAUGAUUAAAAUAAUGACUUGUGUGUUAGUAAACAUGCAAGUAGUAAACAACUUUGAAGUAUCAGAACCUCAAAACAAAGUAACACAUGUUCAUAAACAGAUAAUUUAAGAUGUCCACAAGUGAAUAUAGGAAAAUGCAAUGUGUCUAAACGGAUAUUUCUACAUACCUGGUUAUUCACCUACUGAAUACUAUGUAAACGGAUGGUUAAGUCGAGUUACCUUAUUUCAGACCAAUAUUAACAUUCUUAAAUAAUAGACAAGUGGACAUAUCUCUUAUGCACGUUAAAUAUGAUCAAGUCAAUAAGUAAUAAGUAGGUAUGUUUAGUUAUCCAGAUAUAAAUAAUAUGGGUAACUCUAGAUAUUGGUUUUUAUACAAAAAAAAUCGUCAAAUCCAAUUAUUCACGGCCUUCUCCAGGGGGAACGAUUGGGUAAAGUUGAGUUACCUAUUUAUUCCCUGACGAAAUUGAAAGAGAACUAUUCGAUUAUUCAGAUAUCUUCUUUUUAAAAAAAAUCGACUUAUCCACUUAUUCACGGAUGGUACAGAAAUAAGGAAGAAGUUAUAUCAUUUGGUGCAUACGAUAUACCCAAGCGUGUCGUCGACAAAUCGUUAAAAACUCCGCAAGACACUCACGAUUGAAAAUUUUAUUUAGAAUCAGUCAUAUCGAGUAAUCGCGUCGAAUCGUAAUUUUAGAAUCCCAGUAACUCCUAAUCGAUUAGUCUGGAAGUGGCCCUAGUGACGCCAAGUAGAGCUAGGCAAAUAAACGAGACAGUAUAGAGCCGAAAAAAGUACAUUUCCAAUAUUACCGAUCUUGCAGUAAUAUUAUCUUAUUUUACCAAAAUUACCGGUAACCUUGCCUCGGUAAUAUAACCAUUUACAUCACUAGUCUAAAAAAAUUACAAGGAGUGCAGAUAUCCCUAUUUAAUUAAAGUUGAAUAUUAUUUUUUAUUUAAAUCCAAAUUUUUAAAAUUAAAUUAAUUUAUAUAAGGUGUUCGAAAAAUGCAUAAAAAAAUAGGGUAAAUUUUCCAUAACCCCGAAAUUAAAUACCCUAAUUAAGCUUAAUUAAAUUAAGAGUCCAGUACCUCUGAAAGCUUCACCUUAUCAAAAAUUAUUUGUUGCUUUUUUGCAAUUUUAUAAGACUAAAAAAUUAUUUAAUCUCAAGAAAAUUAAAAAAAAAAACACUUGGCGUAGGAAUAUUUUUUUUGAUUAUAAUUUAAUUAGGUCUAAUUUAGGGUUACAGUUGAAGUUUCCCGAAUUCAUAAUUUAAUGUGGCACUAAAUAAAUAACGAUAAAUCACACCCUAAAAUAUCCCAACAAUAUUGAGAAAAAAAAACAAGUAAAACGUUACACCCAGCUAAUUUGUAUCUUUAGUUUAACAGUUCCUACUUUUAUAUUCGCUUAAAUAAAUUAAUUUUUGUAAUCAAAAAUGAUAAAACUGUAAAUAUACGUAGUAUAAGUUUUUGUAGAAGAAGUUCCAGUUCUUUUGGAACAGUGAUCUCUCUAAUGUUAAAAUAUGUUGUAAAUAUUGUAGCCUAUAUUAUUUAUACAUAACAUAUAAAUAUUUUUGUAGUAAAAAAAAAGUAUAGUAUUCUCACACAACAGUCGGUUCUGAGAGACAUAUAUUUUUCUUAAAAUUUCACUUAUGAAGGUUUACACGUAAAUUUUUUAGUGUAUUUGUUGAUUUACGCCCUACAGAUCCACGAAUUGAUUUAUCGUAAUGGUUUUAAGACAGUAAUUCAAAAGCAAUUUUCUUAUUCAUGCAUCUGUAGGAUUAAUAAUGAUCGUUUCUUAAGAAUGUAGGUUAUUUUUUAUACGAGAAGCAAAAUGAAUCUAGAACAUCACGAAGCUUUUAUAUAUCUCGAGAAAAUACAGUAGAAUCGCGCCAAAAGAGAAGAAAAAACCUGUUAAUAUUAAUAUUUAACAACUAUUACCCUUAUAAUGAUAAGAUCCCAGCUUGAUACUUUUUAAAUUUUUAUAAAAAAAAAUCGUAGUAGAUUAGAGUUUAUAGAUGUUUCUUACUUUAUAUAAUAUUAUGGUGUUUACAGUAUUCAGUAGCCGUAGUGUGUUUUUUCCUAAAUUUUUAUAUUGUAUGUAUUUUUUAUUUUUGUAUGAGAAGCUCAAGCUAUCGUCUAGUCCCGUUAUAACUUCGAUUAAUCUAUUUAGCAAGUCAGUUUGGCAUGCCCACAUAUCGUUAUGGACAACAGAAUUAUAUAUGCUAUAAACGUUUUUAUCUUUUCUUAUUUUUUUUUUGUUUUUUUUUUUUGUGGGGAGUAGAUUUUUUUUUAUUGCAUGCAUAUGCAUAUUUCGAGUAUAUAACCAGUAAUUUCUUUUUUAAAUAUAUAAAUGGGUGUAUCCUUGGUGUUAAAAAAAUGUUUUUAUCCAUCUGACACAAAAAGUCGAAAUUCAUAACUUUUUCUUUUUAAAUACGUCCCUGGACUUUUCAUUUUAUUUUUAAAUUAAAUGCCAAAGCACGUAAUACUAAAUGACGUUCCAGUGUUAUAAAAAAUUGAAUAUCAUAUUGGUCUCUGUCUGAUGGAUUAUUUCCUCCAUUAGUUUAUCUCUGUCACAUUGUCCAUGAUUUAAAAAUGAAGCAAAAUUAAUUUUCAGCUAAAAACUGUAGUAGAAUAAAUUUUGCUUGUUUUUUCUAAAAAAAUUUAUAAAUAAAUGUUAUUGCUCUUUAUGGUAUUUCCUAUACUAUAAUGAGUUAGUCGAAGAGAACUUAUAGACAAAAUUAUGUGUGAAACAGGGAAUCAAUCACAGGUUUCAAUAUCAGUGCCGUAUUUUAAAAUAAAAUAAAAUGAAUUUUUCUGGGGAGUACUUUCUGGGGACAAAAAGCGAAAUCUCAAUAAUUUUCUAUUUUUUUCAUUUUACAUACGGCCCUGGAUUUUUUAGUUCUAGCACACACCAAAAUAUAUAACACUAACACUAUUAAAAUAAUUAUCUACUGUUUAAAUAAUUAAAUAAAUUUAAAUAAUUAUCUCUGUCUGAUACAUUAGUGUCGCCAUAAGUGCAAUUCUGUCAAAUUGAUCAUAAUGGGCAAACUUCUAUUGAUCAUGGUGUUUUCUAUAGUAUAAUGAGUUAGACGACGACAAACUUAUAGGCAAAAUGAUGUGUGAAACAAAAAUGUGUAUAUUUGUCUCAGUUGCCGUAGACUUUUUUUAAUCAUUCUCACAUGAUUAAAAUAAGCAAAAAUAAAAUUCCAGGGACGUACUUUGAAAUAAAUUUUUUUCUGAUUACUCUUUUUACUGGGGAAAAAAGCGAAGACUCAAUAAUUUUUAAUUUUUUUAUUUUAAAUACGGUCCUGGAGUUUUCAGUUUAUUUUUUGGUUCCACAACACACCAAAACAUAUGAGACUAAAAAAAUAUUGCUAUGAAUAAAAAACUUCAUUAAAAUAAUUAUGUACUUAUCUCUGCCUGCCACAUUAUUAUCCCCAUAAGUGCGUCUUUGUCAAAUUCAUCAAUUUAUUAAAUUAUUAAUCAUAUAAAUAAAACUUUUAUUGCUUAUGACGUUUUCUACACUAUGAGUUAGACGAAGUGAGUUGUGCGGAACAGAAAUGUGCAUAUUUAUCUUCUUUCUUGCACACGUUUUUUUAAUUAUGGUAUUAUGAUGGUUAAAGUAAACUAAGAUAAAAUUCCAGGGUCGUACUUUGAAAAAAACUUAAUGAUUUUGGGACAAAAGCUAAAUCUCGUAAAAUAAUUUUAGAUUUUGCUUUUUUUAAAUACGGCCCUGGACUUUUCACUUUCAAAAUAUGUGACACUAAAAAAAAUUACAUUAAAAAAUUAUUAUCUCAGUCUGACACAUAAUUUGUUACCAUAAAUGCAUCUCUUCCAAAUACCUCAUAAUAUACAAACUUCUAUUGCUCAUGACGUUUUCUAUUUUGAAAUGAGUUAGACGAAGAUGAAGUUAGAGACAAAAUUAUGUAUUUAACAGAGAUGAGUAUAUUUGCCUUUUUUUAUCGUAGAUUUUUUUAAUCAGGUGUCACAUGGAGUUAUGGCAAUUCCAGAGUGGUACUUUUAAAUAAAAUAUUUUCUGAGUCAACUAAAAAAAAAAUUUGCAUUUUUUCUCUUUAAAUUCGCCCCUGAACUUUUGGUUUAAUUUUUCAGCUAAACACCAAAAAAUACGUCAUGAAAAAAAUGAUCUAUUCAUCUCUGUCUGACAGGUUAAGUUAACCAUAAAGUUACCUCUGUCAAAUUCAUCAUAAUGGGCAGUACUCAGAGCAGUACUUUUGACGUCUAUAUCAAAAAAAAUUAAGUUUUUUUUCACAAAAAGUUUUAUAUUUUGGUUUUAAAUUUAAGCCCAUAGGGUGGUUAUUAAUAUAGAGACUUUUACCAAAAAUUUCCAUAAAUUGAAAUAUUUUUUCUCCUAAUUUACUGGUUAUAUGCUUCAUGUCUUUUUUCUGUAUAAAAACAAAGAAAGUGAAGAAUAGAUAAAAGAACCGUAAAGAAACACUACGUUCAUAUAACUGUUCACAUUAAUGGUAAAAGACUAAAACUUGUUCUUUUCCAUACAAAUGCAAUAAGAUGAUCUGUUUUAAGAUUGUGAUAUUCUUUUUCUUACUUUAUUGGAUAUAUUUUAAUAAUGAGCGUAGUCUUUCACUAGUUUUUGCAAAAGUUAUCAGUCGCAUGUUAGUCGCAACCCGGCUGGGUCUAGAUAUGCUUAAUUUCUUAUUUAAGAUAAUAAUAUGCUAUUUUUUACUGCUUGCUUUUUUGUUACUUUUUCACUGAACGUUUAUUUUUUACUUGUAAUUGUUGACUUUAUUAUAUAAUAUAUAUUUUGUUAUGAACUUGC